CAAUCCAUCGAACAGGCAAAUGUGCAGAUGUCCGGUAAACGGUUGUGACGGUGACUAACAUUGCGGCCAUCGCUCGUUUCAGAUCGAAAUGAGACUUCCGUGGCUCCAAUAAAGUCGGAUUACAGAGAUCCAUUCCCUGCAGCCCUAAAUCGGCGAUCCCCUUUCCUCUCCCUCCGCGUGCGAAGGCCGCCGGCGGUGCGCCUCUCCCCCCCUACCGGCCUUUCGGUGGAACUCCAGUUCCGUGGAAAUAAUCACUCCAAGGAAUUGAUGAAUAAUGCCAACACUUAUAGCGGUAGCAUUCGAGCAGCCUUCUCUUACUGUGUGCAACAAGUACGUAGUUAUGAUUACCACCAUUACCUUUGCCUGCUUCAUCUUCCCCCAGCCAUGCGCAAGACUGCCUUUGCUCUCCGUGCCUUUAAUGUUGAAACUGCAAGGGCUAUGGAUGUUGCAUCUGAUCCCAAAAUUGGCCUCAUGCGCCUCCUUUGGUGGCAAGACGCAAUUGACAAAAUAUUUGCGAAAAAGAAUGUUGAACACCCAACGGCUCAAGCUCUCUCGUCAGUUAUAUCAGAGCAUAAGAUCAGCAAGCACUGGUUGAAACGCUCAGUAGAUGCCAGAAUAAAUGAUGCAAGCAAAGAAGGGGGUGUCCUUCCUGAAACUAUAGCAGAUUUGGAGCAGUAUGCAGAGGACACUACGUCAACCAUGCUAUACAUGACCCUACAAGCUGGUGGAAUUUGCUCAACUUCGGCUGACCAUGCAGCCUCACAUAUUGGCAAAGCUAGUGGACUGCUUUUGCUGCUCAAAUCCCUGCCUUACCAUGCGAGUCGCCAAGGGAGGAUAUCAUAUAUUCCAGCUGAUGUGGCUUCUAGGCAUGGUUUGCUAAUAACAGCCCACGGAAGGUCCGAGAUUAAGAUGGAGUCAGGUGAGGCACUUUCAGAUGCUGUUUUUGAGGUGGCAUCCGUUGCCAGUCUUCAUUUGCAAAAAGCUCGGGAGUUGGCUCCAGCGGUUCCCACCGAGGCUCUUCCCGUGCUGCUCCCGGCGGUGCCUGCUCAGGUUCUUUUGGACACUUUAAGGCGGAGGAACUUCAAUGUGUUCGAUUCAAGGAUUUUAGGUGGUGUCCAGGGCGUAUCACCACUAUGGUAUCAGUUGAAGCUAAAGUGGCAUGCCUGGAGGAACAAGUAUUGAGUUCAGCUCCUGGCAGUCAGAGAUUGUAGUUUGAAGCCAAGAUUUUUUAGUCUCUUUUGUGUCUCUCUUGGUUGCUGAUUUAUUCGUCUCUCAAUUUUACACCUGGACUAAAUAAAAUUCAUGAGUGCCUGAUUGAUGAUGGUUUUUCAUCAAUCAAACUCACCAGCAUUGCUGAACGUGGGUGCAGGAUCCAAUCUGUCCACUCCUCAGUUUCUUGCAAAUAGGUCAGCAAGAAUGUUUGGAUCUUUAGCAAAUGGAAGAAUCAAUAUGACACUGGUCAUGUGUUUCACAAGCUCAACAGCAUGCCUGAAGGAUUCUGUAUUAGUCUUGGAGCAUUUCCUUGUCUUCUUCUGUUGUAGUAAGCUUUCUGGGACUUACUCUCCCAAUAAACAGAACGUUCCAAUUCAUUUCAAAUCCCUUGUAACCCUCCUGCUUGUUCAAGGGUGAAAAAAUCACUGAAUGCUUCCUUUCAUCCAUGUUUUCCCUCUUUUCUUUAUGCUAUAUACAUUGGUUGGAGGUAAAAGCAUCUCCAUGAGCAUAAAUCAAAUUUAUGGUGUAUGCUGAGGAUGAAGGUCCA